UUGUAUGAUUACGCAAGAAUCACGCGUGGGACACUCGCGGGACGAUAUAUAGAUUAACAGUUGCUUCGAGCACAUGUAAAACGAGAGUUUAUAUAGUUCACAUUUUGUUAGUAAUAAAAUAUAUAUCUUUUGCAAUCGUUAUGUUCCAUACGUGAAGGGAAAUAGGAGUAACAUUUUGGCGCCCAACGUGGGGCUGCCAACUGGUUUAGGGAUGGAAUUAAAGCCGAUUUUGGUGGAAAUAUAAGCGACAUUAUGUAAGACGAUACGAAAGGGUUUUGACUUUGCUGUAUUUGUUUAUACUAUGGAGAAUCUCGAGGAAUUACAACUAAAAGUGGAAGAGUUACUUUAUAAAAACGAUGUGGAUGUGUUAUUGCAAGCGGCCGAGAAGUUAAAGUAUGAAAAGAUCGAAGAAUUGAAAGAAAAGUCGAGGGGUCAGAUAAUAAAUUUAGUACGGAGAUGGCUUCAAGAAAUUGUCGAAGGAAUUGAAAGCCCGACGGCGAAAAAUCAACUUUUGAACGAUGUUUUUUUAACGCUUGGUGGCUCUCCUGAAUUAUCGCCAGUAAAUGAGAAAGAAGGAGAAUUGUCAAAGUUGCAACAGGAAUAUGAACAGUUAAAAAGCCAACAAGAGAAACAAUUGUUAGAAAUGCAAGCGAAGAUAGAUAAAUUGGAAAUUGGAGUUAAUGAUAAAUCUGCCAAAGUCAAAGUAAACAGUAGUGAAAACGCAUCAGUGAUUGAAGUGCCUUCAAGUACCCGGGCGUUGUUGAGAAGAGACUUUAAGAUAUCGGGGCAGAUUGGAGAACCAGGACAAGCAGAAAAACUGACAUAUAUCUCUCUCAAUCACCAGAUUGAAUCAGGGCUCAAACGAAAAUACACUGAGGAUGAAAUUGUCGAUGCAGUAAUCCGAGCUAUUUCACCACACACAAGCCUCCGUAGUUACAUUGAGACAAUGCCAGAACUUGGUCUUCCCCAACUACGAAAGAUCUUAAGGAUCCAUUAUUGCGAGAAGACAGCUUCAGAAUUGUACCAGCAACUAACUACAAUGUGCCAGAAACCCAAAGAAAGUGUGCAACAGUUCUUGUUAAGAAUUAUGGAUGCAAGAAAUAAAGUUGUUUUUGCUAGUAAGGAAGCAGACACUGAUUUCAACUAUGGUAGCCAGUUAAUCCAGAAUACUUUUCUGAAAGCUUUAGAAACUGGAAUUCGUGAUGAGUAUCUGACAACUAGUUUACGACCAAUUCUACGAAAGGACGGUGUGUCUGAUGAGGAACUUAUGCGAAGCAUCAAUGAACUUGCCUCCCAAAAGACCGAGAGAGAAAACAAGCUUGGUUUAACAGAGAGGCUGUCUGCGAAAAGUGCCAAGGUGAGUUCUGUUGAGGGGGCAAAAGGGAAAAAGGGGACAUCCCCAGAAGCCAGUGAAAAACAGGACCUCCUCGCAGAGAUCAAGGGAAUAAAGUCUGAAUUAAGUUCCCUUAAAGCAAAGGUUGAGGAACAGGUGUCUAAGAGUAAUGCACCGUUCCAGCCAAGAUAUCCACGGGGUUGCCCCAAAUGUAGGAGAGAAAACAAUGGAAAUACUUGCAGACAUUGUUUUAUUUGCUGUCAGGCUGGACAUUUAGCCAGUCACUGCCCACAAAGGAAGGCGGAAAACGAACAGGGGCCAUUUCCGAGGGACAGGAGAUGGCCAAGAACAUAGAACAAACGUCCCCUCAAUGUGCGUUUUGCAAAAAACUCCAAGUACAUGACACUAUCCUUUGUUGUAAACAAUGCAAAGCUGUUUAUUAUUGUGACCGGGAAUGUCAAAGGAAACAUUGGCAUGAUCACAAAGCAACAUGUGUUGCCUUGCAAAGCAUUAAUCACAAGGAUAUGAAAGACAAUGCAAACUUGGAAUUCUUUGCAACCCACCUGACUCCAAGUCAACAGAAUAAACUGGUACAGAUAAUUGGUAGAAAAUGCAUAGUAUUGGGGAAAUUAGACAAUAAAGAAGUUAAUGUGCUUUGGGACACAGGGGCCCAAGUGUCUUUGGUUUCAGAAAGGUUUUUGACACAAAGUCACCCAAUAAAACAAAUAAGAAGUUUGUCGGAACUUGUCGAGACUGACCUAAAACUCACAGCAGCAAAUGGUAGUGUUAUACCAUAUAUUGGUUGGGUUGAAUUAGCAUUUACCUUGUCUUCAAAGAACACUCAGGUACGCGUGCCAUUUUUGGUUACAACUGAAACAAUUGAGCACCCAAUAAUAGGCUACAAUGUGAUUGAAGAAAUUGUGACAAAUGAACACAAUGAUUUAUUGUCAGAAAUUCAAUCUUCAUUUGUUGGACUUGACAAUGGUGCAGCACAAGCAUUAAUUAACUUUGUUCAAAGUGCUGACAGUGAUUAUUUAUGCAAUGUAAAAACAAGCAAAAGAGACGUUGUUAUACCAAGUGGUAAACAGGUAAACAUUCAGUGUCGAGUUAAUACAGGUCCAAUUUGUGGGACUACCCCAGUUUUAUUCGAACCAGAUGAAACAAUGCCUUGGCCCUCCUGCCUAGAAAUCAAUGAGACAUUGCUAACAGUAAAGAAAGGGAAGACUAAUUUUAUCGAAGUGCAGGCGAAUAACCCAACAAAUCAUGAUAUUGUUAUUAAGCGACGGACAGUGUUAGGACGAUUGCAACUGGUACGGUCUGUAACCGCAAUACCAGUAAAAUUGAGAGAGGAAACCGUUGAGAAUGGUUCUCAGGUAGACCAAACUUGUAAAGUUAGUGAAUGUUCUGUUGCUUUCACUGAUGAAACCCAGCCCAUGGUGGGCAUCCCUGACCACAUCAAGAACAUUGACUUAAAGGGGUUAACACCAGAACAAAGAUCAGUUGCGCUAAGGAUGUUAGCUCAAGAAGCUGACGCAUUUUCACAGAACAAUGAUGACAUUGGGUGUAUCCCAGAUCUGAAAGUAACAAUCAAAUUGAACGAUGAGACACCAGUACAAAAGAACUACACAGCAGUGCCAAGACCGCUUUAUCCUGAGGUUAAAAGUUAUGUUGAAGAUCUCUUGAAUAAGAACUUCAUCAGGAAGUCAACAUCCCCUUACAGUUCACCUGUAGUAUGUGUCCGGAAAAAGGACCAAACGCUUCGGCUCUGCAUCGACUAUCGAGAACUAAAUAAAAAAAGCAUCCCAGAUCGCCACCCUAUCCCCAGGAUCCAAGAGACACUUGACAGUCUUGGGGGUAAUUCAUGGUUCUCAGUAUUGGACCAAGGAAAAGCAUACCAUCAAGGGUUUAUGAGUGAGGAGAGCCAAGCCCUAACUGCCUUUAUAACCCCCUGGGGCUUAUAUGAAUGGGUUCGAAUCCCAUUCGGUCUUUGUAAUGCCCCAGCGGCAUUCCAAAGAUUCAUGGAAAACUGUUUGGAUGACUUGCGCGACACAAUAUGUAUCCCGUAUCUUGAUGACGUCAUCGUAUUUAGUGCCACGUUCGAGGAUCAUGUGGAACAUCUUCGGAAGGUAUUUCAGCGUUUAAGGGAAAAUGGGGUAAAGCUAAAGCCUCGAAAGUGUAAGUUGUUCGAGAGAGAAGUAGUGUUUUUGGGACGUAUUGUUUCAGAAAGCGGUUAUCGAAUGGACCCUGCAGGCGUAGAGGUUAUCCACCAUUUGAAGUCGUCCCCUCCAAAAAACGUUGGUGAUGUUAGGCGUUUAAUGGGACUGCUAAAUUGCUAUCGGAGAUACAUUCCAAAUUUCUCUAGAAAAGCGAAACCAAUAUACGAUCUAAUUAAGAGUGACGGUGUAGAGACAGGAAAUAGCAAACAUAAUAUGAAAUCGAAAGGACAGUUACCCUCUAGUACUAUUGUGCAGUGGACUAACGAUCAUCAACUCAUCCUUGAAGACCUGUUAGAUCAUUUGGUUGAUCCACCUGUGAUGGCCUACCCAGAUUUUACCAAACCGUUUAUUGUGUGCACUGACGCGUCUGAAGAGGGACUGGGAGCCGUCCUGUACCAAAGUCAAAACGGUGAAACAAGAGUUAUUGCGUAUGCUUCUCGACGCUUGACACCCGCCGAAAGAAAUUACCAUCACCAUUCGGGCAAGUUGGAAUUUCUUGCACUAAAGUGGGCGAUUUGUGACCAUUUUCGAGACUAUUUGUAUUAUGCCUCGGAAUUUACAGUGUAUACUGACAACAACCCACUCACAUACAUCUUGUCUUCCGCAAAACUUAAUGCAACGGGUUUACGUUGGGUCGGAGAACUGGCAGAUUUCAAUUUUACUAUCAAAUACCGCCCCGGUAAAGUGAACACUGAUGCAGACGCGCUGUCAAGGUUGUUGCCAAAUGUCGAUAGUUACAUGGAGAUGUGCACCGAGGAAAUUGCAAUGGAUACUCUCCAAGCCGUAGAGUCAUCAAUUUUGGAACAGCAAGCGAGUAACAUCAGCUGGAUCACAGCUUUUACUACAAAUCAGGAUGUGUUAGAAGAAGAUAUGAAGCACAUUAACAAUGUUUCCAUGAACACCAUUUCUUGUGACGAGAUCGCACUUGCCCAAAGAGAUGACACAGAAAUUAGCAAGGUGAUCAAAUGGAUUGAAUCGAAAGAGAGACCUACUUCGGAAAAAACAUCUAAUGAAUCACGCUAUACACGGUACCUCCUGCACGAGUGGAACAAGUUGGAAUUGGACAAACAUGGAUUACUUCGGAGAAAAAGUGGUUUGAAGAAUCAAAUAGUUUUACCUAAAAAGCUCCAUUGGUUGGUGUACGAGGAACGUUCACGAGAAAAUGGGCCACUUAGGAGCAGAUAGGGUGCUAGAACUUGCCCGUUGCUCGGUUCUAUUGGCCGCACAUGCAGAGAGAUGUAGAAUCUUACAUUUCACAUAAAUGUCGGUGUGUGAAGCAAAAAGUUCCUACUUUCCAAACUAGGGCACCAUUACAGUCCAUUACAACAACUGCUCCAUUCCAGAUGGUGUCUUUAGACUUUGUUCAUCUCGAGAAAAGUAGUGGCGGUUACGAGUAUAUCUUGGUUAUAAUGGAUCAUUUUACCCGUUACGCACAAGCCUAUGCAACCCGAAAUAAGUCAGCUAAGACAGUGGCGGAAAAGUUAUAUAAUGACUUUAUUUUGCGUUUCGGUUUUCCAGAAAAACUCCAUCACGAUCAGGGAGGAGAAUUUGAAAAUCACCUCUUCAAACAACUGGAAAAACUGUGUGGUAUUGGACAUUCAAGGACUACCCCGUAUCAUCCGCAAGGCAAUGGCCAAGUGGAACGUUUCAAUCGUACCCUCCUUGCCAUGCUGCGAACCCUACCGGAAACGCAAAAAUCACACUGGAAAGACCACCUCCAGAAAAUGGUUCACGCCUAUAAUUGCACGCGUCACGAGUCAACUGGAUUCUCGCCAUUUUAUCUCUUAUUUGGCAGACAUCCUCGUCUACCUAUUGAUAUGAUCCUAAACCUGGAGAGCGAGUCAACUGAGUCACCGAAUUAUAGAGAGUAUGUUAACAACUGGAGCGAAGCGAUGUCUGAAGCGUACAAGAUUGCAAACAAAAAGAGUUCACAAAGUAGAGCGAAAGGGAAAAAGCUAUACGACCGCCGCAUCCGUAGUUCGGAGUUACGACCGGGGGAUAGAGUUCUUGUACGAAAUCUGAGUAAGCGAGAUAAACCUUGCAAGCUGCGAAGUCAUUGGGAAGACAAGAUACAUGUCGUGGUCACUAGGAGAGGGGAAGAUAGCCCAGUCUAUACAGUUAAACCCGAAAGUUCUGAUGGCCCGAGUAGAACUCUUCAUCGUAAUAUGCUGUUACCGUGUAGUUCACUUCCCGUGGAACCGCUAUUGAACCAAAAAACGCCUCCUCGUCGUCAAAGAGAAAAUACAGUUCCUCCCAGCACAAGAUCUACUAGUCAACCGGAAUCAGAUGAAGACGAAUUAGAUGGGUUAACAUUUGUACCAUUGGCGAAUGAUCAGAGGAGUGGGGCGGACGUAACCGAUGCCGUGACACCAGCUCAAGACGGCGACCACGGACAUGAUGAGAUAGACAGCUCAGAGUUACCAGCGGUCGAGAACCCAGAUGUAUUGGCCCUUGAUGAACAACAACCAACCAUUCCACCGCCAGCAACGGAAAAUGCGUCUAUUCCACCACCACCUAUGGAAAAUACCAGACCUAGCAGAAACAGAAACCCACCACCAAGACUAAAUUAUUGGACACCAGGUAACCCAGUCACAGGCAUUUCAUACCCUGGUAGUAUGAACACUAUUUUCGGUUUUGUAGAGCCUAGUCAACCAGGAGUGAUGCCUUUCCCACCAAUGAAUUCCAUUCCUUAUAUGUGGCAGCCAACCCCCCUACCUUAUAAUCCCUUCGCAUACCUCGGACCUCAUUGUCCGUACUGUGGAACAAUGUUCUUUAAUUAGAUAA